ACUGUCGAUAAUAUUUUUGUCAUAAAUAUUAACAACAAUCGGACUGUUGAGAAUCUGAAAGAUGAGAUUAGAAAUGUCCGGCAAGACUUACAUCAAAGAAACUUCAAUCUAUAUAAAGUUACUUUUUAUCAACCUAACGAACAUGUAGUCACUUCUGUGAAUGACAAUGAAAAAGGUCAAGGAGAAUUUAUGGAAUCAAGUUUUGUAAAUGCUCAAGGGGAAUCAACUGAUUCGCAAAUAGAAAUUUUUUAUUACUUUCCCACUUUGUAUAUGGACAGUCUCAGAAAAAAACCUCCUUAUCCUCAAGAUGGUGAAAAAAGCCCUAUUCACAUCCUCAUAUACCACUCUGGUACUGACGACCCCCCAGAAGUAGGCCGGGUUUUACAAAGAAAUGUAAAUGCUCAACAUAAUUUUGGUAUCGAACAAGUGCAAACGCUUAUUACACCUGAUGGUACAAGAAUCGAGUUUAAUGAGGAUCAAGCUCUCUUACCCAAAGAUUACGAGCCACCUUCAAUGAAUUUUCAUCGAAUUUGUUUCAUUAUUUUUUCAUCUUUUAUCGUACCAAUAUUUUUUCGCUUUGUAGGAAACAUAUAUGUUGGUAUCGCAACUAUUUUUGUUGUAACUUAUAUGGGAGUAUAUUUGCAUGUAAGAGAAUACUCAGAGAGAAAUUGUAAUAUUGUAUGACGGGUUUAAACGUAAUAAAAGACAUAUUCAUUAUUGUUUAAAUUACAUAUGGAAACACUUGCAAAAAAACUCUGUAGAUUCUUGUUGCGUUUCUGGAU